GCAACUGCCAACUCAACGUGAUACUCGAACACUGGCCGGUUUUUAUUAUUUUUUCAAAUGCUUUAUAGCUAUUUAGUCUGGGCCGCGGCCCUCGUCACUUGCAACGCGUCCUUCGUGAAUGAGCUUUGCAUAAAGGACGCAGCCAUGUCGAACCUCGAAUACGAUUUACGGUACGGAUGCGAUAUAUGGGAAUGGAAGGAGGGUUUCGAAGGCGGGUGCGCCGCGGCGUGUAAACGACAAGGCAAGCAAGGCAAUUGCGGAGGCACCGAGACCAACGCCUCUGAGUGCGCUUGCUCUUAGAGCAUUAAUCCUAGCAUAUACGAUUCUUCGG